CCCGGCGGCGGGAGGGAAGGAGGGAGGAGGGGGGGAGCCGGCCAUGGCCGACGACUUCGGUUUUUUUUCCUCGUCCGAGGCUGCCGGCGCCGAGGAGGACCCGGCCGCCGCUUUCCUGGCGCAGCAGGAGAGCGAGAUCGCGGGCAUCGAGAACGACGAGGCCUUCGGGCCCGCCGACGGCGAGGCGGCCUCCGCCACCCCCGGGCAGGCGGCCCCGCAGGAGCCCGCUGCUUUCCAGAACGGGGGAGCCACUGUCAACGGAGAUGUUUUCCAGGAGUCCAACGGCCCCACGGACGCCUACGCGGCCAUAGCCAAGGCUGACCGGCUGACCCAGGAGCCCGAGAGCAUCCGCAAGUGGAGGGAGGAGCAGAAGAAGCGCCUGGAGGAGCUGGAUGCGGCAUCGAAGGUGACCGAGCAGGAGUGGCGCGAGAAGGCCAAGAAGGACCUGGAGGAGUGGAACCUGCGUCAGAACGAGCAGAUGGAGAAGAACCGGGCAAACAACAGGAUCGCUGACAAAGCCUUUUACCAGCAGCCGGACGCCGAUGUCAUCGGCUACGUGGCCUCGGAGGAAGCGUUCCUGAAAGAGUCCAAGGAGGAAACCCCGGGCUCCGAGUGGGAGAAGGUGGCCCAGCUCUGCGACUUCAACCCCAAGAGCAGCAAGCAGAGCAAGGACGUCUCGCGGAUGCGCUCGGUGCUCAUCUCCCUCAAACAGACGCCCCUGUCCCGCUAGCUGCCGCAGCGGCGGGGCACGGCCAGGCUCGCCGGGACAGGGGGGCUUCAUGGGUCCUCGGCCGCGCUCUCCAGUCAGUGGUUGUAACUCUCCCCAUGGUUUUCCUUUUGCUUAAAGGUGCGUCGGUCUCUUUUUACA